GGCGUCCCGUCGCAGCCGCCACCUACGCGAGCUCGCCGCCGCCGCCUACGGCCCCAUGGCCGCCCGCCAGCUUGCCGCCGUCACCGUCCCGAGCGUGAAAGGGGAAAGAAGAGGAUUUUUUUUUUGAUAAAGGGAAAGAAGUGGAUUGGUAGAAUUGAUUACGGGCCGACGCGAAUACUUCAUGCGUUGUGCGUUACAGAUGUAUUGCUGAUCUGGCAGCUAUGGAAACCGGUCGGUAAUUUCCGGGGGGCGUCACCGCGUGGCCGUUGCCUCACCGCCGGCCACUUGGGUUCGGCUCGGCCUCGUUGGGCCUGGGCCGGACUGGAGCUGGCUGGGCCGGACCCGGUCGGUACAUGGUCGGGUCCGAACCGGGCCAGAUAUUUGCGACCCCAAUCUCCAGCAGCGCAGCCGCUCGCUCCCUCUUCUCGUCCGCACAACACCGAGCAAGCGAGAGGAGACGGAGAGCCGGGUGGCGAUGGCGGGCACCGGCUGCCACUCGCUCCUCUCGCCGCUCUCCCCCAACAUCUUCUCGCACCGUCGAGCCUCCGCCGUCGGCAGCGGAGCCUGCCGGCCCAGUAAAGUGCGACCUCAGAUCAGGUGUUGCUCGAAAGUUGAUGAUGCAAAGGUAUGUGCAGACACGUGCAAGAGAGGCAAGGUUGUGAGUGUUGCCUUAUCCUCAUGUCCAAUUCGUGAUGUUAACUUAGCAUGUAUCUGACUGCAGUAACCCGUAUAGUAGUUGUAAUGUUCAAGCUAAGCCAUCCCUUAGACCCUUUAGUAGGUUCUCUCUUCCAACUCCACAAUUAGAGUUGAAACACAUGAAUAAGGAUAGAGAGCCUGAUCUGAUUUGUGUGUCGUAGUGAGUGGAAGGUUCUUACUACAAUCAUAUCUUUAGAAUAUAGGCAUUUUAUAUUCUCAUAAUUGAAUUUCUGGUUCAUCUAUGAAUGAUUAAAUUGAAAAUACCAAAGGCCCCAGGUAUAGCUGUCCAAUAGCUCCAGACGCGGUGCCCGUUAUAUUAGUUCCAGACUUGUAACAUUUGACAGCCAAAAUCUUGCCAUUGAGGAAUGUACAACUUUGGCCUGCAUUUUGAGUGAGCUGAUUCUACUCAAGCAGUUAUGCAAGCCCACUACUGAAUUCACCUUUUUGUGGUAUUUGACGUUCCUUUCCAGCAACAUUUUACCGAAUUCCCUUUUCUGAGUUUCUUCAAGUGUUCUAAUGCACCAUCUGUUAUACAGGAUGAAGAAACUAGACCUUCAAGACGAAAAUGUCUUGUCUGCCUAGGUGCUGUAACCAUAAUCAGUACAACAGGCCCAACGAUUUGUACACCAAACGGAAUCGCCGCAGAUAUGACGAACAAGUCUGGGAUACAGAAAGCUGUUUGCAGAAAUUGCAACGGCAGUGGUGCUGUGAUAUCUGGAUUCAGGUGAUAUGUGCGGUGGCACAGGAAAAUGGAAGGCCCUCAACAGAAAGAGGGCAAAAGAUGUUUAUGAAUUCACAGAGUGCCCCAAUUGCUACGCGUGGAGGGGGAGCUCUGGGAGCACUCUGCUCCUCGUGGGACGACACGCGGGAGGGACGCCAGACGCGGUCCGUUGAUUUGCUACAUCCACAUCCCGCGGGCGCACCAUGUCGGGGCCCACAGCCCUCUGCCGCACCGCCUCGCGCCCGCCCUCGCCAGCGCCAGGCCUGCGCGGGGCCAUGGCCGAGGCGAUGCCCGUGCGGGGCCAUGGCGGAAGCGCCGCCCCUCCCCUUCUACCUCUGCCGCGCAUGGGACGGACGCGGAGCAGCGGGACGGGGUUUCCUCCCGGCGCGCGAGCGUGCCGGCCACCACGGCCGCCCGUUGCCGCUCCACUACCGCGCCCCUCCUCUGCAGCCCUUCUCCUCCCCCGUUGCCUCGCCAAGAGACGUCCUCACCUCCCCUCUCUGCUCUCCUUCCCUCCCAGAGCCCAAACCCCCACUUCCCUCUCCCGCCGCAGCUCGCCACGGUCGCCAUCGCUGCCGCAACGAGCUCACCGCGGAGCACCCAUCUCCGGUCACCCCCAGCCCACGCCAACCCCCUAGCAAGCUUCGCCUUCAUCCCCACAAGCUCACGCGCCCCUGUUCUUCGCCUUUCCCGCUCUGUGCUCGCCGGGAACGCCGCUCGCCGCCGCCGCGAAAGCCGCCGUCGAGUCCCGCGCGGUGAACUCCUUCCUCCAGGCCGAAUCCGUUCAAGCCGAGCCCCCUGAGAGCUUCACCAGGUCGAGGCGAACCUCCAAGGCACAUUCCCAGCUCGAGCCCGUCAGCGGAGCGCCGCCACCGCCGCUUGCCACCGCCGCCGCCUUCCCCUGCUCGCCGGCGAGCCUUCUCCCGGUCGCCCCGAGCCCAAAUCCGACCCUCCAGAGGUAGCUCUCCGUCGCCUCUUGCCCCCUCGCCCGAACCCCCUCGCCGCUGGCAACCAUCGCCGCCAGAAUUGGCCGGCGAAGCGUCCACGGGACGGCGCGUCCAAACCGGGCGCGGCGGAGCGUGCUAUUAUCCUAGUUGCUAUGGUAUGCUCUUGCCUUCCAUUGUCAAUUGAUUCUGAAUGCCUGUAGUUCUGCAUAUGGAACAUUUGUAGUUUGUUCUUGUUCAUACAGAAGAUAGGUUAGUAACAGAUGAAUCUCCGUUGAACCCAGCCGUUUGAUCUUGUUACAAACAUACCACAAAUACUGUGAACAUUUCGCAAAUUUCUGUAAGAUUAUUUUUCAAGUUUCAAAGUAUUAAUCAUGCUACUUAUCAA